CACUAGCCUAGAGCAUUCAGUGGGUGACUUGACCCAUUAGUCUCCAGUGGUAACGUCAGUGUAACUCACCGCAGAUAUAACUUUAUUAGAUAGCACUAUGCAGCUGUCUGUACAGAUGUCGGACUUCUUCAGGCUCCAACACUGAAAGCGUUGAAAGAACAUCAGGAGGACGCUGGUAGCAAAUGCUAACCUAGCUAGCUACACUGUUAGCAUCUCAGCAGCUGUUCCGUCCACUUGAAGGCAUCAUUGAGUCCUACGAUAGUCUAACGUUAAACAGACUAACGUUACAUACAGUCUACGAUACUACAGAUAUCAACUAACGUUAAUAGUUAUUUAGCGUGCAGCGUGUGGUGGUGCUCGGUGAAUGAGACAGCAACUCCUCUUGGAGAGAGCAGAGGAGCUCCGAGUUCUCCUGUUGAAUCCAGAGUGAGUCCAGCAGCCCCAGUGGACAUCUGCUGGAUUUCAGGACAAGAGAGGAAUGGAGGAGGACAACCAGAACCAGGAGCAGCGGAGCAACAAGGUCCCCAGAAGACAAGCAGCAGACUGGGACUCUGAUACCAGCCAUGUUCAGAAUCCAGAGUGAGUCCAGCAGCCCCAGUGGACAUCUGCUGGAUUUCAGGACAAGAGAAGAAUGGAGGAGGACAACCAGAACCAGGAGCAGCGGAGCAACAAGGUCCCCAGAAGACCAGCAGCAGACUGGGACUCUGAUACCAGCCAUGUUCAGGCGCCCUCAGCAGACGUCAAGCUGGCGACCGGAGCAGGAAAGAAGGGCAAGAAGGCCAAGGAGGAGGAGCAGCCUGCAGCUCCUCCUGCAGCUGCAGAAACGGCAGCAGUGAAGGAGGAGGAAGAGAAGGAGUAUGUGGUGGAGAAAAUGUUGGACCGCAGAGUGGUGAACGGAAGAGUAGAGUUUCUGCUGAAAUGGAAGGGGUUCUCAGAUGAGGAUAACACAUGGGAGCCGCAAGACAACCUGGACGUUGACCUUAUCACCGAGUACAUGCAGAAACACAAGGAGAAGGAGGAGAAGAAGAAGGAGAAGAAGAAGGGCAAGAGGAAAGUUGUCAGUGAGGCCUCGGGAGACUCAGAGGAGCGAGGGAGCAAGAGGAAGGAGGAAGAGGUGAGCGAAGGAAAGAGGUUACUCCAGACUGAAGAGUCCCAUAAAUCUAAUCUCAAUAUUAACGAAUAAUAAUAUAGUGCAGAAAAGCGAGGAAUUUAAAUGAUUUAUUAAAACUGUAAUAAUAACUAAGGCUGU